AUGUCAGAAUUCACAACUUGUAGCAGGUUAGGAGAAUUAACGUAAUAGGUGAGGAGAAUUAGGUUAAUGUUAGGAAAAUAGUUGAGGUUAGCUAAAAUGCAAAACAAUUCAACUUGACAAGAUGUACGCCAUCUAGCAAUAGCCCAGCUCCAACGCAUGCAGGAGCCUACAUUUCUAGACAAACACAAAACGAGAAGAAGAAAAAAGUUAUUGUAUUGAACAUAGAAACGCGCAAUUUUCAUAUGUUGAUGGGGUGGAGAUUAUGAAUAUGAAGUAGAACAUUUUUGACAUUUCCCUUUCAACGACGACUCACCAUCAAGAUUGUAGAUGUGUGUAACGUUAGCUAAACAGCAACACUAUUGUUUUAUCCCAAACACGUCAUAAGCUUCUGCUCGUGUCCAAAUCCAUCGAGGGAACGUCAACCUUCAAUUGACAUUUCGGGGUGACGGUAACAAGUUAAGUUUUAUGUUCACAGCUAGAACCUUUAAUGUGAAAGUAACGCUAUGUGACUAAAUAAUUGAAAGAUUCACGGUUGCUAUGUAUUAGGAAGCCAAACGAGGCUUGUUACAACUUGUCAUUGCAAAACUCUUGUGCAUAUAACGAAAGUGAGUUUAUCCUGCUGGAUAAGGACAGUCUACAGCAGGUCUCAUACAAUGGUGGACCAUAACGUUGUGAACAAGCGGCUGCCGAGAAUGGCGGCCUCUCUGCUGAAUCGUUUUCCCUCAGAGGGCGAGCCCGGGAUGGAGAUGCACCACCGGAUCAGCAGCAGUGGUGGGGCCAUGGGGCGAGAUUUCGACUGUGAUGUCGGUGACCCUCUGGGCUUCGACAAAACCCUAUGUAUUGAUGGUGGUGGUUCCAGGACCCCAAACCUGCUGGGGCCGUUGCUGACAGAAGACUGCAUGCCUGUCCAGAGGUCAUCUUCCCCCAGGCUCCCUCUGCAGAGCCACAUGCUGAUGCCAGCUGACCUGGAGGAUUUUAGCGAUGACUGUGACGGGUACUCUCUCCCAGGCACACCGCCCCGGUCCGAGGGGGACAUCAGCUUCCUCAAACAAGGGGUCCUGGACCAGUUGGACAACCUGGAGAGCAGCCCAAAGAGAGGCAAGCGGGUUGGAGCUGUGUUUCCAGUGGGUUACACAGACUGGCAUAAACAUCGAAUGGCAGCAGUAUGCAGCGAGAGGUUUGAGCGCCUCCUGAGGGAGUGUCCAGAGUUCCAUAACUGCAAAAGCCACCUGGCUGCCUUUGUCUUAGAGAGAGUUGGUGUAUCCUCAGAGGUGAUUGACACCGGGGGCCAGUCCUGUGAGCGCUAUGAGGUGGUGGCAUUGGGCACAGGCCAGUCGAGCUACAGCGGCUGGCUUUGCUUCAGUGGCACCGUGGUGCAUGACUGUCAUGCCAUCGUCAUCGCCAGACGCGCUCUCCAAAGGUAUUUGUUCAAGCAGCUGCUGCUGUUCUUCAGCCACGACCCCAAGCACAAGGAACGCUCCAUCUACCAGAGCACCUCCGACAGCCACCUGCUCCAGCUCAAGCCCCAGAUUUACCUGCACCUCUACACCAACCAGACCCCGAAAGGCGCCGCUCAGUGCAUCCUCAUGAAGUCUCUGAGCAGCAGCUACUCCUCUCUGAAGCUGCAGUGCCACGCCAAGGGCUCCCUGAUUCCUGUGGCCUUCCUCCAACCCAGUGUGUGGGGCGCCCGCGUCUGCUGCAUGUCCGACAGCGACAAGUUGUGCCGCUGGACUGUCACUGGGAUUCAGGGCGCGCUGCUUAGCCACUUCGUCCAGCCACUGUACAUCACCAGUGUGGUGCUGGGUGACUCCAGCCAGUACUCUGAGAAGGUGUCGGAGACCAUCAACAAGCGCCUGGGCGAGGGGGGCUGGGAGGAGCUGCUGGCCCCGCCAUUCAGCAAGAAGAGGAUUUUCUUCCUCAGCAGUGAGGGGGUGGGGCCUCCACUCAGCACUGCCCACUGCACAGACCUCAGCAUCAACUGGUGCCUCGGGGACGCCAGCAUCGAGGUCCUAGACAGCACCAAAGGCUUCACUGUGGACGGUUCCCCAUUUGUGAGUGGCUCUGGCUUCUCCAGCAGGCUGUGCAAGAGGGCCCUCUACAGCAACUUCCGCAAAAUUGCAACUCUGGGAGGAUACCGCUGCCUACAGGAUCUCCCCACGUACCACAGUGCCAAAGUCGAGGCUCACUCCUACCAGAAUGCCAAGACCGUGGUCAACCAGCAGUUCCUGUCCAACAACGCAGGUCCAUGGAACUCUAAACACCUCGUGGACAGCUUCAGUCCCUGAGCCGCUCAGAGUGGAGGGUGGCACGGGGGUUCAUUAGUAAGGGUUUCUUUGGAAGGACAUAAGCGGUUGGAGUCUGUUACUUUCUGCAUUAAAGGUAUUCCCCCUGAGUUUUCCUAUGUUCAAAUAAGCAGUAUUGCACGCUCUGUGUGCCAAGUUUGACAGGUAUGUCUACCCGUUCUGUUUUCAUCAAGUAUUCAAUAAUGUGCAAAAUAAAGAGAACUCUGAAGUUAAUCAGAUUUAAAUCUUGAAUUAAAGGUGAGCAUGAAAACUAAAACUAGGCCCUGUGAUUGACUAAAGUCCUGUCCAGGGUGUGUACUUGUGCAUUAAGCUGCUUCAUGCUACAGAAUCAGGGAAAUCGCAACUGCCCUAUGAGCCGUUCUGGCUCGGACAAGACUUACUUACAGGUCCCAUGAAUUUAAGACCUUUUUAAUGCCUCUUUGAGUGCAAUUGAAUACCAAUUUUGGGUCUCCGCGCACCACACACCUGCUAAUAUUCCUCUCCAAGAAUGAGCCCGUGUUGGCAAAAAGUUGGAUUUUUAGGGCUAUAGCCUAGAUGGCUCAUAUUAUCAGGCAGGUGUGCUAUUUUAGCAAUGAGCAUAAUCCUGUAGCCUUACGGAUGUUGUAGGAUAGUGGCUAGGCUAUAGAUGGCUGAAGCAUGGGGUUGCCCAUCUUCAUUUGUUUAGGCUACCCCAAUGGGCUGAUCAAUAGCUAGAUCAAACUCAAGUGUUCAGAAUUUUGGCUUCGAUACCAAUACCAGCUUAGUGUAAUGAUACUCCAUACCAUAUCAGUACCACUGUCGGAAAAAUGCCUUAGUAAAAUAUACAGCAGUGUUCCUGUAUAAAACAUGUGGUCAACUCUAUUUGGAGAGCUAGGCCACUGGGUAUGCAGCCUUUUGAUCCAGCACUACUCAAACACAUCGGAGUCCGCUUAACAAAGUCCUGUUGAGUUGUAGAAUCUGGUGUGUUGGCGUAGGGCUGGAACAAAAGUCUGCACACCCAGUAGCUCUCCUGGAGUUAUUAUGCUGUAACAUUAGAACAUUAGCAUACAACAAACAAGUCUAAUAAAAUAAUUCCCUCAUUCAAUGAAUCAGGUAUAAAAUGGCUAUACUUCAAAGCAAGGUAGCUAAACAGGAGGGCUCGACUGACUUUAUCCAGUCCAAAGUAAGACAUUAAAAUACACAAAAC